UCUGCUAAAGCCAACACUUCCUCACCUGCCUGCCUGCCAUGGGAGACGGUGGCAUUUCACAGCCCUCCAGUCACUAUCAAGAAGGAACCGCAGAGCCCGGGCUCUGACCCCAGCCAGUCCUGUAGCCACAAGCAGAGCUUCAGCUACCCCAAUGGAGAGCAGUGCCUUUAUGCCAGUGCCUAUGAGCAGAAAAGGGCUGCAGGAGGAGCCAAGAGCUCCUGCCCAGGGACCCCCAUGUCUCCCAUGCAGCAGCAUUACUCCCCGAAACCUGCCACAGCCGGACGGCCCGACGCUGCCUACAUGAACCCUGCUGCCACCUCCCAGCCGCUGCCCAGCAACAGCUACCCCAUCAACACCAGUUCCAGGUAUCAGGGACCUUCAGGAGACCCCAUGUGCCCCCAGUUCCCCCCACCAGGGCAGGCUUUUCAGCGUAUGCCAUCUGCACCAGCAGGACACGGCGGGAGCGGAGCCGGUGGAGGGCCGGGGGGCGGAGGCGGUGGCGGCGGAGGCGGCGGAGGCGGC